AUGCCAAUUUCUGAAUCUCUGCUCAGCCAGGUGCCCGUAGAUAAUCCUGAUCUCAGGAUUUACAGAGCGUAUUUAGCCGAGCGUAUGGCUACUCAAAACCGAGGUGUGCCUUCCCCACGCUCGCAUAGGUCACCAAGUGAGGGUUCUAGGUCUCGAAAAAGAAAAGAGGGGUUAGAAGACGAUUCUGCACCUGGCUUAUCUGUUCCUUCUUCUUCUUCUAUCCAAAUUCCUCAAUCUUCAGCUCCUUCUCAAAAGAAACGAAAAACUCGUCAUCACUCAAAAUCAAAAUCAAAAUCAAAAACAACUUCAUCAACAUUCUCUGUUCCUUCUCCUCUCACUCCUUCAUCUUCUUCCUCCAAUCCUAUUUCAUCACCUUCUCCUUUUUCCACUAACGUUAUACGAUCUUCUCUUCAGCCAAUUCCAGAGGAAUCACAUGAUGAACGCUCUUCCUCUGAUCACAACGAUAUUAACGAUCAAAUUUCUUCUUGUGAUAAUGUGUUUGACAUUCCGGAGAGACAAGGCGGUCCUGAGGGAGGGGUUGAAAAACAUAAUGGAGAGGAUGUGAGGUCUGGGCUAGGUACAGGGCAAAAAGAAAACGAUGGCCCUCCGACAGUUGAAACAACCAGCCGGGAAGCCACCAAUAGAUUAGAAGCCGAGGAGUCCCCAACCUCGCAUGAUUCACCUUCCCGCCACUCUGGGUUCUCUCUACAGGAUCCAGUUUCAUCACUGCACAGGCACCAACCACGCCCACUAUCAAUUCCUCAUUCGGAGGAUGUCGAUAUUGAAGUCGCGGAGACUCUUGCCUCUCUCCCACGUUCAUUUGCUCACACUAUCGAGUCUAGAUCGCCAUUAAGAUCACUUGUUUCUGAGCAUGCACAUUCUUUGAAUGUUGCAACAACAGAAUGGGGAUUCAAUUCUCAAGGAAUGUUUGGAAGUCCUGCUCAUGUUAAUAUGACAGGCGCUGGGGAUUCAAUUCCCAGUUCAACGGGCAAUCUUGGAGAACCCGGAAGUCCCACCAUCCGGAACAUUGUGCCCGACACUUGUGUUGGGCCAAGAAGUUCUGAAACAACCAAUGUAGAGCUUUUGCUUCAUAAAUCAUUGGGAACUCCUGAUGGCCUACACCAUUCAGGCCACACUGUAAACCAAACGGAGCCUACAGUUGUGCAAACGACAUCUACGUCGGUCGCUACUGCUCUUACAACUCAACCGCCACCAACCGCAGUGCUCCGUCCUACUCUUGAUAAAGGAAAAGCCCCUGCCAAUUCUCAAUCAUCUUCUUCUACUUCUAGUCCUCCUCCAAAUCCAGACGACAUUCGGCUUAAAGCUAAUCCUGCAGAAAGACAACUCUUCCAAGAACUAGAAGCCGCUGGACUUCUUCCUCAUUCUAAUCCUCAACCAUCACCACAACAUUCUUCACCUUCCGUUUCAUCCUCACAUCACAACCAUUCUCCUCAUCACUUAACUCCACAUAUUAUUACAUCAAUUCGCUCCAACGUCAAUUCUCUAUAUAACGAUCUAUAUGUUGAUCUUCUUUCUCUAGACACUCAAGCCGAUUCUUUCAAUAAAGCCAUUCUUGCAAAUCUUCAAGCCCGUUUUGACCAUCAACAACAACUCUUGCUUCUAAAACAUCAAGCCGAACAAGAAAAGUUUCUUGCUGACGCUCAACUUGAGGCAGCAAUGAAACGAAUUGCUGAAUUAGAAGAUUCUUGCAAAGCAACUGUAGUCGUCCAUCAUAGACGUGAUGACCCUGAUGAUCAGGAUCAACACGAGGGGGAGAACAGAGAAGAUACGACAACUGAAGUAAGGGCCAGUGCUGAAACAGAUAUUAUUGGAAGCAAUGAAGUUGGUGGAGACGAAGCACAAACAAGAGAUGCCCCUCAUGAUGAUGAAGUUAUGAGUGAAAAUGUUGAUAACACUGAGGUUGUGAAUGUUGUUGAAUCAGCUAUUGGAGCAAGUGCUGAUACGGAGAUUAUACUUGGCUCAGUUGUAAGAGAUGAUGCUCAAUCAGUGAUUGUGGAUAAUGUUAAUGAAAAUGAAGAAUUUGAUGAUCCUUUUAUCGAUGGCAACGAUGUUGAUCCUAAUGAUGAUAAUGACUCUUCGGAUAAUGAUGAUCUUCCUCCCCCCAGCUUUGACAAUUAUGCCUCUGUUCCUCAACCAAAUCCAAAUCUCAGUCAUUUAAACCUUUACCAACUCAUUCACCAUCUCAACCAUCCUCGCUUUCAAAACACCACCGCUGCUCCCCAUGUUCAAAUCAAUGAAGGAGGAUUUAAACCUAAUGAAAGAAGCAGAAUAGAUUAUCUUGCCAUCCCUUCUCAAUUAUUCCGCCUAACAAGAUUCUUGGAAGAAAAGGCCUCACAAAUCUUCUCAAGUCAAGAUGAACUAAAAAAGAUUGAUAUUGAUGAAUUAAGAGCUAGAAGAGCUUAUGUUAAGUUUUUCAACACACAAAAACUUAACAAAUAA